CUUGGAUAAUGUUCAAGAAAUUUGAUGAAAAAGAAAAUGUGUCCAACUGCACCCAGUUGAAAACUUCGGUUAUUAAGGAUAUUAAAAAUCAAUUGAUAGAGCAAUUUCCAGGUAUUGAACCAUGGCUUAAUCAAAUCAUGCCUAAGAAAGAUCCUGUGAAAAUUGUCCAAUGCCAUGAACACAUAGAAAUCCUUACAGUAAAUGGAGAAUUACUGCUUUUUAGACAAUGAGAAAGGCCUUUUUAUCCAACCUUAAGAUUACUUCAUAAACAUCCUUUUAUCUUACCACACCAGCAGGUUAAUAAAGGGGCCAUCAAAUUUGUACUCAGUGGAGCAAAUAUCAUGUGUCCUGGCUUAACUUCUCCUGGAGCUAAGGUCUACCCUGCUGCAGUAGACACUAUUGCUGCAAUGAUGGCAGAAGGAAAGCAGAAUGCUUUAUGUGUUGGUGUAAUGAAGAUGGCUGCAGAAGAUACUGAGGAAGUCAACAAAGGAAUUGGCAUUGAAAAUAUACAUUAUUUAAAUGACAGGCUGUGGCAUGUGGAGGCAUAUAAGUGA